GGUUGGUUCCGGCGCUGAGCGAUUCUGGUCUGAAAGUCGGCGGACUUUUCUCCUCCGAUCCAACCGGAGCGAGGCGCCCACACACCGGCCGGAGAGAAAGUCCUCCGAGAAGAGGUAAAUUAUGCCAGCCGCACCGGCGCCCCUGCUCCUGGUGACGUGCCGGCGUGUCGGUGAGAAAGCCCCGCCCCUCCGCCCCAGCACCCGCCCCUUCGCCCGCCCCUCUGCGUUCUCCCCUGGGAGGCACGUGCCGGUGGAUGCCCCGGCACCAUGAGCGCCAACGGCCCGGUCCCGCCGUCCGCCCCACCCGCCGCAGAGGCCCCGCCCACGUCCUUGGCGGCCGCGGCUGGCUCUCUGGCGCAGAAGAGGAGGCAGCAGUACGCCAAGAGCAAGAAGCAGAGCAGCUCGGCCAACACCCGGCCCCAGAGGGCGCUGUUUUGCCUCAACCUGAACAACCCGUUCCGCCGGGCCUGCAUCAGCAUCGUGGAGUGGAAACCCUUCGAUAUCUUUAUACUAAUCGCUAUUUUCGCCAACUGCAUGGCCUUAGCCGUGUACAUCCCGUUCCCUGAGGACGACUCCAACUCCACCAACCACGACCUGGAAACGGUGGAGUACGCCUUCCUCAUCAUCUUCACCAUCGAGACCUUCCUGAAGAUCAUCGCGUACGGAUUAGUCAUGCACCAGAACGCCUACGUCAGGAACGGCUGGAACAUGCUGGAUUUCGUCAUCGUCGUGAUCGGGUUGUUCAGUGUCAUUCUGGAGGUCUUGACCAAAGAGAGCAGCGAGCAGGCGGCCGGAAGCCCCCCGCCCUCCGCGCACGGCCACGGAGGCAAAUCGGGAGGCUUCGAUGUGAAAGCGCUGCGAGCGUUCAGAGUGCUGCGACCCCUGCGCCUGGUCUCGGGGGUGCCCAGUUUACAGGUGGUGCUGAACUCCAUCAUCAAAGCCAUGGUUCCUCUGCUCCACAUCGCCCUGCUGGUCCUCUUCGUCAUCAUCAUCUACGCCAUCAUCGGCCUCGAGCUCUUCAUCGGCAAGAUGCACGCCACCUGCUACGUGACCGGCACGCUGGUAGCCGAGGACGAACCGGCCCCGUGUGCCGUGAACGGUCACGGUCGUACCUGCACGCUCAACAACACGGAGUGCAAGGAGGGCUGGCACGGUCCCAACGGCGGCAUCACCAACUUCGACAACUUCCUGUUCGCCAUGCUGACGGUGUUCCAGUGCAUCACCAUGGAGGGCUGGACGGACGUGCUGUACUGGAUGAACGAUGCCAUGGGGAUGGAGCUGCCCUGGGUCUACUUUGUCAGCUUGGUGAUCUUCGGCUCUUUCUUCGUCCUCAACCUUGUUCUGGGAGUGUUGAGUGGCGAGUUCUCCAAGGAGCGAGAGAAGGCGAAGGCGCGAGGAGAUUUCCAAAAGCUCCGUGAGAAGCAGCAGAUGGAGGAGGACCUGAAGGGCUACCUGGACUGGAUCACCCAGGCCGAGGACAUCGACCCCGAGGACGAGGAGGACGGGAGCAAACACAACCGGGUCACGCUCGACGACAUCAUGCAAAAGAAGAAGAAAGGGUUAGGCUGGUUCGGUCACUCAUCCGACACUCACGCGAGUGUUCCGGCCAGUGAAAUUGAAUCAGUGAACACUGAGAACGAGAAAGGAGAGGAAGAGAAAACGGUCUGCUGUGGCUCUCUGUGUCAGAAAAUUUCCAAGUCGAAGUUCAGUCGGCGCUGGCGUCGCUGGAACAGACUCUGCCGCAGGAAAUGCCGCCUGGCUGUGAAAUCGGUGACGUUUUAUUGGCUCGUGAUCAUCCUGGUGUUCCUCAAUACGCUCACCAUCUCAUCAGAGCACUACAACCAACCUGACUGGCUGACAGAGGUGCAGGAGGUGGCCAAUAAGGUGCUGUUGGCGAUGUUCACCUCAGAGAUGCUGGUGAAGAUGUACAGCCUGGGGCUGCAGGCCUACUUCGUGUCCCUCUUCAACCGCUUCGACUGUUUCGUGGUGUGCGGCGGGAUCGUGGAGACCAUCCUGGUGGAGCUGGAGAUCAUGCCCCCGCUCGGCAUCUCCGUGUUCCGCUGCGUGCGACUCCUUAGGAUCUUUAAAGUCACGCGUCACUGGGCGUCGCUCAGCAAUCUGGUGGCGUCUCUGCUGAACUCCAUGAAGUCCAUCGCGUCUCUGCUGCUGCUGCUCUUCCUCUUCAUCAUCAUCUUCGCUCUGCUCGGCAUGCAGGUGUUCGGCGGCAAGUUCAACUUCGACGACGUUCACAGCAAGCGCAGCACCUUCGACAACUUCCCCCAGGCCCUGCUCACCGUCUUUCAGAUCCUCACGGGUGAAGACUGGAACGUGGUGAUGUAUGACGGCAUCAUGGCGUACGGCGGCCCUUCGUCGUCGGGGAUGAUCGUGUGCAUUUACUUCAUCAUCCUCUUUAUCUGCGGAAACUACAUCCUGCUGAACGUCUUCUUGGCUAUCGCCGUGGAUAACCUGGCCGACACGGACUCCCUCAACACACCCACCACCAAGACAGAGGAUGACAAGCAAGAAGACGAAGAAGAGUUUAAGGGUGCAGAUGAAGACGAGAAGAACAAUGCAGAAGAGGACGAGGAGGACGAGGCUCCGUCGGGACCCCGUCCCAAAAUGUCAGAGCUGGUGAGGAAGGAGAAGAUCACACCCAUACCGGAGGGCAGCGCCUUCUUCAUCUUCAGCAAAACAAACCCGAUUCGUGUCGCGUGCCACAAGCUGAUAAACCAUCACAUCUUCACCAACUUCAUCCUGGUAUUCAUCAUGCUCAGCUCCGCCUCUCUCGCUGCUGAGGAUCCUAUCAGAACCCUGUCCUUCCGCAACAUCGUCCUGGGCUACGCAGAUUACGUCUUCACCAGUGUGUUCACGUUCGAGAUCGUGAUGAAGAUGAUGACGUUCGGGGCGUUUCUCCACAAGGGGGCGUUCUGCAGGAACUACUUUAACCUGCUGGACCUGCUGGUGGUGGGAGUCUCUCUGGUGUCGUUCGGGAUACAGUCGUCGGCCAUCUCCGUGGUGAAAAUCCUGCGGGUGCUGAGAGUCCUGCGGCCACUCCGAGCCAUCAACAGAGCCAAAGGACUCAAGAACGUGGUGCAGUGUGUGUUUGUGGCCAUCAGGACCAUCGGAAACAUCAUGAUCGUCACCACGCUGCUCCAGUUCAUGUUUGCCUGCAUCGGCGUGCAGCUCUUUAAGGGGAAGUUUUACCGCUGCAGCGACGAGGCCAAAUCGAACCCGGACGAGUGCAAAGGAUUGUACAUCAUGUAUAAGGACGGCGACAUGAACCAGCCCGUCAUUCAGAAGCGCCACUGGCACAACAGCGACUUCAACUUCGACAACGUGCUCAUGGCCAUGAUGGCGCUGUUCACCGUGUCCACCUUCGAGGGCUGGCCAGCGCUCCUGUACAAGGCCAUCGACUCGAACAGAGAGAACUUUGGUCCCAUCUACAACUACCGGGUGGAGAUCUCCAUCUUCUUCAUCAUCUACAUCAUCAUCAUCGCCUUCUUCAUGAUGAACAUCUUCGUCGGUUUCGUCAUCGUGACGUUUCAGGAGCAGGGAGAGAAGGAGUACAGAAACUGUGAGCUCGACAAGAACCAGCGUCAGUGCGUGGAGUACGCGCUCAAGGCUCGCCCUCUGAGGCGCUACAUCCCCAAAAAUCCCUACCAGUACAAGUUCUGGUACGUGGUGAACUCCACCGGGUUCGAGUACAUCAUGUUCGUCCUCAUCAUGCUCAACACGCUCUGUCUGGCCGUCCAGCACUACGGUCAGUCUCAGACGUUUAACCACGUGAUGGACAUCUUGAACAUGCUGUUCACCGCCGUCUUCACUGUAGAGAUGGUCCUCAAGCUGAUCGCCUUCAAACCCAAGAACACGGAGGAGAGCUCUCGCAUCUCCAUCACCUUCUUCCGCCUCUUCAGGGUCAUGCGACUGGUCAAGCUGCUCAACAGGGGCGAGGGCAUCCGCACCCUCCUCUGGACCUUCAUCAAGUCCUUCCAGGCUUUGCCGUGGGUCGCCCUGCUGAUCGCCAUGCUGUUCUUUAUCUACGCCGUCAUCGGGAUGCAGAUAUUCGGGAAGGUCGCCAUGGUGGACGGCACACAGAUCAACAGGAACAACAACUUUCAGACGUUCCCCCAGGCUGUGCUGCUGCUUUUUAGGUGUGCCACGGGUGAAGCGUGGCAGGAUAUCAUGCUGGCAUGUAUGUCCGGUAAGCUGUGCGAUCCAGAGUCGGACUAUAACCCCGGAGAGGAGAUGACCUGUGGGAGCAGCUUCGCCAUCAUCUACUUCAUCACCUUCUACAUGCUCUGUGCAUUCCUGAUCAUUAACCUGUUCGUGGCCGUCAUCAUGGACAACUUUGACUACCUGACGCGUGAUUGGUCGAUCCUGGGGCCGCAUCACCUCGACGAGUUCAAGCGGAUAUGGUCCGAAUACGAUCCUGAGGCUAAGGGCAGAAUAAAGCAUUUAGACGUGGUGACUCUACUGCGGCGCAUCCAGCCUCCGCUGGGCUUCGGGAAGCUGUGCCCACACAGAGUGGCGUGCAAGCGGCUGGUAGCCAUGAACAUGCCACUGAACAGCGACGGCACCGUGAUGUUCAACGCCACUCUGUUCGCCCUGGUGAGGACGGCGCUGAAGAUCAAAACAGAAGGUGAGCAGUUCAAUUCCCCACCAGCACAGAGGCGUGGCAUCAAUCUGCACCCACGCUGGACGCCGUCAGGGAGACGUUUUAUUUCACGUGGAGUUCAGGUUGUGUGUGUGUGUGUGUGUGUAGGUAACCUGGAGCAAGCUAACGAGGAGCUGCGCGCCGUCAUUAAGAAGAUCUGGAAGAGGACCAGCAUGAAGCUGCUCGAUCAAGUGGUGCCCCCUGCUGGUGAUGAUGAGGUAACCGUGGGGAAGUUCUAUGCCACCUUCCUGAUACAGGACUACUUUAGGAAAUUCAAGAAACGCAAGGAGGAGGGACUGGUGGGAGUGCACCCGACCCAGACCAGCACGGCCAUCGCGCUGCAGGCUGGUCUCCGCACGCUGCAUGAUAUCGGGCCGGAAAUCCGCCGCGCCAUAUCAUGUGACCUCCAGGACGAGGAGCUAGUAGACUUUAUGCCCGAGGAGGAUGAGGAGAUUUAUAGGCGGAACGGCGGCAUAUUCGGCAACCACGUGAACCACAUCAACGGCGACCCCCACCGCGGACACCAGACCAACGCCACGCAGCGCCCCCUGCAGGUUCACCCUCCCCCGCACUACGCCCACAUGGAGCAGCCCGUCGGCCGGCUGGAUCGCGCCAACGCCAUGGCCCAGCACAAUCACCAACACCGCCACCACAACCACCAUCACCACCACCAUCACAACAACCACAAUUCAUACAGCAAGUCGCCCAAAUCCACCAACAUCAACCUGAACAACGCCAACGUGUCCGUCCUGCCCAACGGAGGCCACGGUCGCUACUACCAACACGCUCCGGCCAACGGGUACCCAGGAUCGUACCACCCGGGGGAGUGUGAGAAGCCCAGGACACCGCACGGACAGAGCAGACGCUACUACGAGACCUAUAUUAGGUCGCGCGGCAACGACAGGCGCCAUCCUACCAUUCGGCGCGAGGAAGAGGUGGACGAGGACCGCCACUCUGCCGAGUACUACAGCGGCGAGGAGUUCUAUGAGGACGAGGGCACCAUGUCUGGAGACAGAUACCAAAACAGCGACCAGGAGUACGAGACUCCCCGUGGCUACCAUCAUCCCGACGGUUACUACGAGGACGACGAGCAGCCCCUUUACCACGACCCGCACCGGUCACCCAAGAGACGCCGGCUUCCUCCCACGCCGCAAGGUAACCGGCGGCCGUCCUUUAAUUUUGAGUGUUUGCGCAGACAGAGCAGUCAGGAUGAGCUUCCUCGCCAGAGAACCGCUCUUCCUCUGCAUCUGAUGCAGCACCAGGUGAUGGCAGUGGCGGGACUCGACUGGAGCAGAGCCCACAGACUCUCUCCGACUCGCUCCACUCGCUCGUGGGCCACGCCCCCCGCCACGCCCGUCAGCAAGGACCGAACCCCCUACUACACGCCCCUGAUCCGCGUGGACCGGCCGCUCCGGGAGGGCGCGAACGGCAGCUACUGCUCGGUGCGGAAGAGCUCGUGGUACACGGACGAGUCGGAGUACCAGCAGAGCGGAUACUCGCCGGUGCACCUGCAGAUACCGCCCGAGUACCGGAACCAGUACCACCAGAAGAGGGGCAGCGCCACCAGCCUCGUGGAAGCGGUUUUAAUAUCAGAAGGACUGGGCCGGUACGCGAAGGACCCGAAGUUCGUGGCGGCCACGAAGCACGAGAUCGCGGACGCCUGCGACAUGACCAUCGACGAGAUGGAGAGCGCCGCCAGUCACCUGCUAAACAGCGGCGUGACUCCAGGGGUCAACGGGGUGAACGUCUACCCCGUCCUGAAUCACCGGGACUACGACGCGCAGGACGUUUCGGCCAGCUACAGCGACGAGGAGCCCGAGGCCGAGUCCCGGCUCCGGUACGAGGAGGACCUGGCGGACGAGAUGAUUUGCGUUACUACGUUAUAGCGCCCGGAGCCGAGCGACUUUUUUAUGAGUUCCUGAACAAAUGCAUUUAUUCGGCUAGUAACCAAAAGAAGUGCCUUAAACUGUCGGAGGAGGCACAGGGGACGAGGACGCGCCAGCCAGGGAGAGCGCAGCUACAUGAUUGGCUGCCUGUGCUGUCACUGCAGGCCAUGGACCAAUCAGCAGUGGCAGCCGGUGAGCAGGGGGUGGAACUUUCUCCAGGGUGAUGACAAUCAGAAUUAAAUGUCAUUACCUCAGUCACUUUAUUAAGGGUUUUGCAUAUCAGGCAUGUUUUAUAGUGCAAGUUAAGUAAGGCAUAACCCCCCCACACACACACUCGCGCGCACACACACACACACACACACACACACACUCAGUGUUUAGUUUAAACAGAACACACAGAUUCAUUACCGGAUGACGACGUAACUCGUUAGAGUAAUUAACACCGAUACGAUUAUGCUGGACUUUCGACUCAUCGCGUCUUUAAUUAAGCAGCGUUCGCGGUGAUGAGCGCACUAGCAGGGCAGGUUAUUUUUUUAAACUUUAGCUUCUCCUGUUUCGGGCUUUCAGAAUUACUAUGCUGUAAAUGAUUUAGAAUUUAAACGUACACAAACUUUGUAAAGCCGAACGUUUUUGUAUUUCUGUACUGUAGGACGACGGGAAUCAGCAAUACUGAUCCUAACUGACGUUACUAUGAUGUUACUAUGAAGAAAAACAUUUUGUGUGAUUUGAUUAGAUAACGACCUUUAAUGUUUAUUUGCACUUUUAUUUAUUUAUUAUUUAUUGAUUUAUUUAUCGGUUCAUCUGUGUAGGAAACAACCGCACAAGAUAUGCAAAUAUUUCUUAUGAGAUUUCUCUUCUGUGUGUGAGAGUGUGAGUGAACUUUUGGCCCGUUCCUGCCCCGGUACCCCCGGCAGGCGGUAUGGAUCACGAGGUAAUGAAUCUCCGGCUCUGGACGCUCCGGCGGGGCCAGUGGAGCUGAACCUCGUGCUCCUCGUGUUUCGUGCACACGGAGGGUUCGAUGCUGCUUUAACAGUGUUGAUAUAUUUACCGACCUGGAGCUGACGCUGGUAUGUGCUGCUCUCAUGAAUGACCACAGGGGGGCGGUUUUUUCCCUUUACGACCAAAACAGGGCUCUGUCGAUUGUGGGAGGCAAGACUCGUCUCAUGGGGCCGGAUGUGAUUUCCUCUGCCAUGCUCAAUCAUAAAACCUCGAUCUGAUUCAAAUCAUCCUAGAUAAACCCUAAACCCGCCUCAUUUAGCUUUAAUGCAUUUACAUUUUCGACUGUGACUGUAUACAUUCUGAGCCGUUGAGGGUUAAGGGCCUGGCAGCGAUGGGGCUUGAACCAGCGACCUUUUGAUUACUAGUCCAGUACCUUAACCACUAGGCUACAACUGCCGAUAAAACACAGUUUAGAACUGAAGUGAACAAGCCAUAUCAGACGGAUGUUUUGGAAAUAGACUUACCGUUUGACUUAACUCUUCAUCACAAGGCGCUGGAGUGGUGCAGCGCUUUAAGCUAGCCCACCACCGCUGAGGUCCGGGUUCAAAUCUCUCCAAGGUCUGCACAGACACGAUUGGCUACCUCCUAGGGGAGUGGAUAUCCCGAAGUCCCACGAUGGAUCGGCGCCCUGUCCGGGGUAUUCCUGCCUUGUGCACGGUGUUUACGGAGAAAUCUGACCCACUGGUGCCAUCACCAGGAUACAGCGAUACUCAGACAUGAAAAUGAUAGGAAAAAAAGGAAGAAGUUAAUAUUGUUGAGUUAUUUACAGAGAUAUAAAGCCAAUGAGACUAUAAACGUAAUUGUGGUACAGAAAGCACUUGGUAAAACCAGUACCAACAAAACUAGUUUGGUCUUGUUUGGUUAUAUUGGCACCAGGGUGGCACAUAGAGGUGGAAGAACUCGUUUGAGCGAGUGUUGAGCAUGGUAGUGCGCAGUUUGACGUCCCCAACCAUCCUUGACUUAAAACGUCUUGUGUUCUCUAUAAUCAGGCAUCACGUCUGGCUCCACGAGACCUCUACGGUCGGCAUUCUGCAUCAUCUCACCGAGCAGGGCUGGAGCAGAUACGGACCGUCCCUGUCUGUCUGUCUCUCUGGCUUCGGCACAUACCUCCGUCAGCGCAGGGGAAGCGUAUCAGUAUUCAGUAUUCACCUUCCUUUCUGUCCUGACAGUGUUUUAUCUCCUCAAGUAUUCGAACUAUCAGGUGUCAGGUUAGGGAAUCACGUCACUUCCGACACAUCGAGUAACCAAAAGUAGUUCUCUUUCUUUUUUUUUUACGUCAGAGCAAACGUAACAGAAUAAAGGGUUAUUAUGGGAUUUGUAUUUGUUUUGGGGUUGAUAUUGGAUCGUUGAGUGAAGUUUGUUGAGUGCUUUCGUUCAACCAAACUGUCGUGAGUAAAUAAAUAAAAAAAUACUGUGGUUUUCACCACUACACGUGCACAUCCUAAAGGGCUCCGAAAUGUUUAGUGAGGACUGAGUGUAAAUAUAACGUGUUCCAGUCUUUAUGUGGCGUUUGUUGUACGUAAGAGGACCAAUGCGCAUUCUCUCUGCACAUUGUACUAUUUGUAGCAAUUAAUCUUAAGAAGAAUAAUAUAUGCAUUAUUUUUUAAGAAGCUUUUUAACAAUUACACUAAAGUUUAAACCAACUUGUUUUACCUCAAGUCAGGGACUCCUGAAGAAUAGAAAUUAAUUAUAGAUAUAAAUAAAUAUAUAUAUAAAUAUUGUUGGUUGAUUUUAUUCCUGUUAGAUUGAUAUAUUAGCACAUGGCUGUUGGUUUUCUGAAGAAAUGUUCGUGCUUUAUGUUUCUGUUUCGUGUAUUUAGGUAAACGGAUGAUGAUUAUUUUCUGUACUGGUGUUUAUGGUUUAGUGAAAUAGAUUUUAGUCUGAAAAUUUUCACCUUUAAUGCUGGGACAGUAUGAUUAAAAAAACAUGCACCUCACCAUGAUUAAAAUGGUAACGGGUUUAUUAUUACAGAACUUACAGGUUUACAAAAACUAAAGUGUUGAUUUAGGACUUUUCAUCGUUUUUCAUUCGAGGAUUCUUACUGCUGACGUGACGACGUUUUCCUGUUGUUAUUAACGCUGUAAGGACAAUGAAGGUCAUGAUGUAUAUUCUGUACAAAUAUACUAAACUAUGACUGAUGAUGUGAUGAUUUUCUGUUAUGAUUUUUAUUCAGUAAAGAAAUGAUUUUCUUUU